GCCUACAUCACUGUUGUACUGUCUCUGGUGUGAACGCCCCUGUCCCUUGUCUGACUGUCUCAUCACAACAAGAGCAGUGAGACGCAAGAGGCUCGUUUGAAGUGAAUUAUUAAUGGCAGUCAGACGAUUGACAAAAUAAUUAUCAAUAUGGGGGAUGAUGGUAUAGACUACAACAUUGUAUUUCCAGAGGCACUGAUCUCAGAAAAACACUGGCGCGGAUCAAAGGAACCAGUGGUUAUUCUUUUAGGCUGGGCUGGGUGCAGAGACAAACAUCUGGCAAAAUAUAGCUCAAUUUAUAAUCAACAGGGAUGUGUGACUGUGCGUUGCACGGCUCCAUUGAAGACCAUUUUUAUUUCAGAAUCAUUCGGAUACAAGGAACUCCAAAGCACUGCUCACAAAUUACUUGAACUUCUGUAUGACUAUGAGGUUGAGAACAACCCAGUUUUCUUCCAUGUGUUCAGCAAUGGUGGCUUCAUGCUCUAUCGCUACAUUGUUGAGUUAUUGCACUGUCACAAGCAGUUUAGCACUCUUUGCAUAGUGGGCACAGUUGUGGACAGUGCCCCAGGUAGUCAAAAUGUUAUAGGUGCCCUCCGAGCUCUCAAAACCACCUUAAGGUCCAAAGUCAAUGUGCUACUGCAGUACCUCCUCCUAGCACUGUUUGCUGUGAUGGUUGUGCUUCUCAGGAUUGUCCUGUAUCCUGUGACCAAGUACUUUCACAAGAACCACUAUGAUGCCAUGAUGGAGCAUCCAGCCCCUUGGCCUCAGAUGUAUCUCUAUUCUAGAGCAGACAGGGUGAUCAGAUACAAAGAUGUGGAGAAGAUGGUUAAGGCAUUGUGGGAGAAAGGGCUGACCGUUGAAAGCUUUGAUUUUAUAACCCCUGCCCAUGUGAGUCUAUACAGAGACUGCCCAGAGGACUAUUCCAACAGGUGCAGGACAUUUCUGACCCGCUGCAUGACUGCUUCAGUGGAGACCUUGGCAAAAAGACGGCUCCAUGUGCACCAGUAAUUAUAGAGCUCUUGACUUACCCUUAAAAAUAUAAGUCGUAAAUACUGUAUACACACUGUAAAUGUACAUGUGCAUAUCUUAUUAGUGAAAUAAAAUAAAGCACUGCUGUUUAAUAAAUUAAACUUAUCUUAAACCCUAAAUGAAGUUUUAAUGGGGUGACAAUUGCACCCUAAUCUCUUCUGUAUUUGUCUUAUGCUGUGAAUUAAAUUGUAAUUUAGCGGUUAUUGAUAUGUUACAUUAUUUCACAUUUUUAGACAUUGUGAAUUAGUAAAUUUGUGUAUUUAGAAACUGUGAAUGAAUACGUUUAUGUAUUUGACUAAUGUGCCUUCCUUAAAUAAAAGCGUCUUUUAACUAAAAAUCGAAUAGAUUCUGCCUUCGAAAGCAAAUCAGUGCGAUGGUUCAGCUUGAACUGCUAUGACCGUCAGGCCACUGUUAUUGUACAGUGACAAACACCUCCAUUGAGUAACAAUGCUUCUUUGUACUGGACACUAUCCAGUAUUAACAAACACAAAAACUGGGGUUGAGUUGGCAUUGUGUCAUUUUUUUAUUUUUAUUUUUUACAGAUUAUAGGCCAAUAUUAUUUUAAUCUUUACAGAGACCUCUUCUAUUACAGUAUACUUGAGGAGCAAAUUUUAAAAUAAUGCAUUUAACAUAAUUCUCUCUUUUGCAUAUCCAAGAAUAUUUUUUUACAGAAAUACAGUGCCCUGUCUACUUUCGUAUUUAUCAUGGAGAGAUAUUUCACUUCCAGGCAGGUAAUAUUGGCCUUUGUCAUCUGACAGUCAGCCAGUUUGUUAUCAGGAGGGCUUCAAGUUGGCCAGGCAGAGAUUCUCAUAGCAUGUCUCCGACUGUCAUAUCUGGCAUUUCAAAGCGAGGCAUUUGUGUCUCUUGAAAGCCCUCUGUGGCACUUCAUAUAUACAGAGCCACUGAUAGGAAAGAGGAAGAGAGGAGUUUAUGUAUCUGUUUAGACAGAUGAACAUUGCUUAUUGGAGUGCAUCAUGAACUGAUUACUUUGUUUUUGUCUGAUUGGUCAGGUUGCUUACAUUGCUUAAGUGUGUUUUCUUGAUGUGGGUGCGCAAGAUGGUGCCGUGUUAACAUCUUCGGUGUAUGGCUCCUGAGCUAAAUGAGCAAAACUCAGUUUUACACAGUCGUAAUAUGAGAUUUUAUACUUGUAUUGUCAUAGCUAACUUACGUUGUUAUUUUUGAGAUACUAUACGCAGCAUGGGCAAACGUUCGGCUAAAAAUUCGAACAACAGAAAUCCUCUGACUUCAAGUACUAACAAACCGGGAACAACCAUCAAGCAUCUCUCUCAGGCAAGAGCCAUAAAGCACCAUGACUAUGCUAAAAGUGUCGAUUGAGAUUUAGCUGAUGUUAUACAUUAUAUUGCCUGAAACCCCUGAUAAGCUUCCAGUUGCCAAAAAUCUCAUGUGGCAUUACAGGAUUAUGUGCCAAACUCUGUCAUUCUUUCUGUGAUUGGCAAAAUGCAAGAAGAAUAAUUGGUGAGACUACAGUCUGUGGAAAAUUCCAUUCAAGAGAACAACCUCAAUUUGUUCACUUACCACAUCGAUGAAGUUCAUUGGCAAAUAAAUUGAGAACAUCACAAAGAGGGUCACUUCUCUUGACAGUGUGGCAGCUACUUUUAUGAAAGAAAAUUAAGCUCCUUGGCAGACAUGCUUGGAGUUGGAUGAAUUUAAACGCAGAUGGAAUUUGCAGGUGUCCCUGAAACAGACAACGAGAACAUCAAGGAAGUUAUCACGGACAUCUUUGGCAAAGUUUCACCAGAUUCUGCAUCAUCUCUCGCUAGUUCUGUGGACAUUGUGCACAGACUUGGCCCUAAAUCUACCACUGUCUGCUCCCGUCACAUAAUUGUCCAGUUCAAUUCACGUAGCAUCCGUGACAAGAUCUGGAGAGAUCCCAAAUCAUCCGACUUCCUUCAGCAGAACAACAUUACUCUUUUGAAGGACUUGUCAUUGAACAUGAAGGAAGAAUGUAACAGACUAUGACCCCUGGUGAAGUAAGCAAGAGAAGGCAAAAAUACUGGUUUCAGAAGUGCAUUUGCUUAUGUAAACUGUAAAAAUAUCUCAGGAUAAUUAUUCAUCGCCCUGUGCUUCUGAGAAAUAAGUUGUUUCUUUCUAAAUGUGAUACAAAUAUUAGAAGCUGAGUCAGCUCAAUGUUUUUUUUCCAUCUUCCUUUUGGUUGCAAGUUGAACUUUAUUACUGUUUAACCUAGUUCUAGUUCAUUGAUGUUAUCAAGUAAUUUUCUUUGUUUUUCACUGAAUGAUACGACAUUUAACUAAAAGAAAGUCUGUAUUUUUGUUUUGUAUGUCAUAUAAAAGGGAUGUGUAUUUUAUGCAAGAGACUCAUUCAUGUAAGGAGGAUGAGACAUUCUGGCAAAAUCAAUGGGGAGCCAAUGCAUUAUUUAGUCAUGAAACUCACUAUGCAGAAGGUGUUGCUAUUCUCUUUGGGAAAAAAAUUCAGUGGCACAGUUGUUGAGUUUGCUGCUUUUCUUGAAGGAAGAUGGUUAUUAUCAGUAAUACAAAUGGAUGAUUCCUAUUCAGUUUUAGUUAAUGCGUAUGGUUUUAAUAGAGCUGAUUUGAACUCUACUCUCAUGGCAUAAAUCUCUUUGGUUCUUGAUAAACUUAGAAAAUUUCCCUCUGCCUUAAUAAUUAUUGCCGGAGAUUUUAAUGAAGCCCCUAAUUAUCUUGAAGACUCAUAUCCUCUGAGAAUGAGUCAAAACGCUGUUAAUCCUAUUAUUUGUGAUUUCUGUCAUACUCUGGACUUAAUUGAUGCAUUGAGAUUUUUAUAUCCAGAUUCAACAAAAUGUACUUGGUUUAAAACAGAUCUAACCCUAAAAUCUCAUAUCGAUUUAUGGCUAGUUGCUGUUUCAUUGAUCCCUCUUUUGAUUUCUGUCUCGUGCACUCCUUCGUCACUAACUGAUCAUUGUUGCAUUGAUAUGACCUUGAAAGCCCAAAAAUCUAGUUCUUAUAAUCCUUGUUAUUGGAAGCUAAACGGUACCCUGUUUCUUAAUGAGUCAUAUUGUACAGGCAUAAAGAAUAUAAUUAUUAAGAUCAAAGCAAGAUAGGAUGUAUCCUAUAUUUCAAA